GCUUGCUUGGAUGGCUGUGGCUAGUGCUAUGUAGCUACAUGGUUUACUGGCUGCUUUGUUGGCUAAUUGAAUGACUGUUUGUUUGAUUGGUUGGCUGGUCUGUUGCCAUUGUCUCUCCAUGGAAUCACUGCUACUGUAUAAUCUUAUUUAACUGGGUUACACAUACACACACACUCAUUCACUGUGUUUAUUAGCCUUAAGUCAGAAAACACCACAGGCAGAUGAUGUCAUGCCUUGCUCUGAUUGGUUGGCCCUGACUUCCUCCUCCCCUUGUCUGUCCCUCUCUGCAUCUCUGUCUCUCUCUCCACCCUGCCCUUCUUCUCUGUCAAUCCUUGCUCAUCUCUGUUCAACACCACCCACUUUCCUCACUCUCUCUGUCUCCCUCUUCCUUCCUCCUUCUGCUGCUCUACCUCUCCUCUCCUCUCCUCUAUGUUCCACUGUGCUCCUGCCAGGAAGAUGAUGGUGGUGAUGGUGAUGAUGAUGAUGUGACACCGUGGUCAGCCAAUGAUCACGCAAGGAGGGAGUGGAAGGGGUGUGUUCAGAGGCUGAGCUUGGAUGUCAUCGAUGCUGAGGAGACCGCGGAGGAAGAAGGGGAAGAGAGGGAGGUAGAGGAGGGUGGGGGAGGCCUUGUCCGAGCCGAGGAGCACCGACGCUGGCUUAACAAACGAGGAGAAGAAGAGGAGGAGGAGGAAGAGGAGGAGGGAGGCGAAGCUGUCGCCUGUCAAAGGGGGAUCAACCUGUGCUGUCAUGGACAAGUAUCGACCAAAGAGACCAACCACCCUGGCUCUGUUCCCACAGCUGCCACAAGCCGGCACCCAGGACUCCAUCAACAACAACUCUUUAGGCAAGAAGGACAGCUGGAAGGACUCCCACUCCUCCUCCCCACAUAUUACAGGGGAUCUAACAUCACCGGAUAUCCAACAAAAAACAGAGGACAAAGUUCGGCACGGCACGCGCCGCCUGGCCCCAAAAGCACCCACCGCUAAUGGAACGAACAGCAGAACCAACACACUGGCUGCUGCCACCACCGCAGACACACGCGCUCGACUGCGGGAAAGACAGGUGUCAGGGGCCACGCACACACAGUCCUCCAGCACACCAAGGAGUCAAAGGAGAGGAGGAAGAGGAGCAGCAACAAUGAGGGAGAGGAGCCUGGGGGACAUCCGAGUGACGGCAGGGAAGGAUGAUAGAAAAGGAGGAAGACUGUGUGAGGACUCCAGGGGGAAGGAGAAAGAGAGAAAUGGACAUCAGAGGCCGAGAGAAGCAAAUGGACUGAAAAGCCGGGGGGUUGAUGGGAAAGGAAAAGCAGGUGCUAAAGGGGUUAACAGAGGAGGGGCAUUCAAGCCAAAUAACAUACUGUCUACCCAGGAAGUUUAUCUGACAGCCAUGGUGGUCCCACGCACGCCUGUGGCACCAAGAAACCAGGACAAGACCCAAGACCAAGGCCAAAACCAUGACAGGACCCAAGACAAUCCCCCUAUCCUGUCCCGGUCCAGCAGCGAGGGGGGUUCAAACAGAAUGUCCUUCAGCUCAGACACAGAGGGCCCCCCACCAGGGCCCCUGCAUCCCUCUCUAUCCCACCCAACCAACCCUGUCAUCAGCGAAGAAGAAGGGGAAGGAGCUCCGACUCCCUGUGUCAACUUCCAGAAUGGUCCAACUCACUGCCUUGCAGGUGAUGAAAAGACAGAGAUGGACUGUACCAAGUCAGAGGUGGACGCAGAGGGAGAAAGAGGUGACAAUAACACUGAGGCGGAUGGCACCAUCUCUGUCACUCAGGGAGAUUGUGCGGCUGCUCAGACUGUACCAAAGAGUGAAGCUACAGCAGGGUUAAAUUAUGACUCUGUGAAAUACACUCUGGUGGUCGAUGAACACGCUCAAUUGGAGCUGGUCAGCCUCAAGGACUGCUUGCAGGGUUACAACGAGCACAAUGACGACAGCGAUACAGACACGGUCUAUCAGUCAGCCAAUGAGGAGGAAGACCCAGAGUAUGAGGAGGAGAGGAAGAGGACAGAGGAAGCAAGGAAGCAAGAGUUGAGGAAAGAGGAGGAAAAGAGAAGAAGGGAGGAGGAUGAGACAAAGAAGUGGAGGGAAGAGGAUGUGAAGAGGAGGAGGGAGGAGGAGGUGAAGAGGAGGAAGGAAGUUGUGGCAAGGAUCUGCAAGCAGUCCAAGGUAACAUCAACCACAACUUCAGAGGAAGAGGAGUCUAACGGAGGAAGGGCCGCAGCUUCCAGAAGUAAGAAGUUCCUCAACCUGUUUUCCAACAGCAGCCGUCAUUACAGCGCCACCGGUGCUGGGUCAUUUGGAGUCUUCUCCUGUGUUUUGGAUGGAGUGGAGAGGCAACAGAGCCACAGAGCUGCCUACAGGUUUGUCCCUCGUCAUGCAGAUGAGCUGUACCUAGAGACAGAUGAUCCAGUGUUACUGCUGAACCAGUCUGAGGACCUCUGGUGUCAGGGUUACAACAUGAGGACCGGAGCUACCGGCAUCUUCCCUGCCUUCUAUGCUGUCAAGGUGGCUAAAGAUAUUAACCAAGUCCACAAAGAUGGCUGGAUAGAGCAGUUCCCGGUGCGAUUCCUGGGUUCAGUUCAGGUCCCCAUCCACAAAGGCAACGACAUGCUAUGUGCUGCGAUGCAGAAGGUGGCGUGUAACAGGCGGUUAGCAGGUCAGCCUCCUUCCGCCUGUGUGCUGGAGGUCAGUGUGAAGGGUGUGAAGAUCAGUGUCCAGGACCAGUGUCACUCUGCUCACAGGGGGGACCAGUGUUUCCAUUUCUUCCAGUUGAAGAACAUCUCAUUCUGUGGCUGUCAUCCAAAACACAGCCGGUAUUUUGGUAUCAUCACCAAACACCCUGACCAACAGCGCUUUGCCUGUCAUGUGAUGAUGUCGGAGACGACAUUAUAUCCUCUGGCCGAAUCUGUAGGGAGGGCAUUCCAGCAGUAUUACAAGGAACACAUUGGCUACUCCUGUCCCACUGAAGACAUCUUCAUUGAAUAACACCUCCCCCCCAUCCACACUAUGUACCGAAUGCUCACUAUGUGCAUGUAAGCCUGGUCUUACACAGCAAACUGGACCACUGAUUUGUCUUCAUCACAGUACUUGCAUGGUGGAUUUUCUUUUCUUACCUGCAUCCAGUGAUACAGCGAACUUUCCCUUCCUUUAGCCAAGUCACAAUAUGAAUACCUCUAUGGAUGGAUAGGAUCACAUGAGAUGUUCCAUACACUGAGGACACAUGUUACAUGAAAUUAGUAACCAAAUUCAAAUACAAAUAUCGGAUAUGCAUAUAUCUUAUGGGUUAAAAUUACUUAUAUGUAACUACACAUAGAUAACCAUAUAGACAGCCUUCAGGACCAUGAGGUUAAUUUAAUGACAGAAUGUUUAUAUCAUCAAUUUGUGAACUUUUGCUAAUUGAUUAACCAUAAAAAGCGGAGUUAGCAGCUCCACGAGGCUGUGUUUAGGCACAGCAGUGUACUGUACAUGCUAAUUUCAGUAUGCUAACAUGCGCACAAUGGCAAAGGCUGAUGGGAAUGUCAUUAGAUUUGCAGGUUAUUUGGUUAUACAUCAAACACGAUGAAAAGUCAGGGAUGACCAAAGCUGUUACAGUUCAUCAUGUGGGGAACAUGAAUGUCUGUUAAAGAUUUCAUGACAGCCUAUCCAAUAUUUGACAAGAUAUUUUAGUCUGAAAAAACUGUUGUGUUGGCUGAUAAAAACGCUAAACAUUUGAUGGAUCCAGCUUCUAAAAUCAGAGGAUUUGCUGCUUUUCUUUUUCAUGUAAUUGGAAAUUGAACAUGUUUGUGUUUUUGGACUGUUGGUCAGACAAGAGCAUGAUGGAGAAGAGCAUCUCCCUGACUUAACCUUCAUCCUUUUGCCCAAAAUGAAAUUCUAAUGUUGAGUAUGCGCAUAAAAUUAGCCACGUUAGUGUGUACACUUGGGUAAACAAGUAGCUACUGGGCGUUGAAGUCAACCAACUAGAGUUCCAGUUACAGAUAUAGUCAUGUGAAUCACAGCUUGAGCUUGAACUUCAGUGUCAAAUUAUGUCCAACCAGUUUCAGGUGUUUGAGACGAGCCGAUCAAUGGUGUCGCUACAUACAGUGGCCUGGAAUCAAACCCGUGUCAACUGCCUGGAAGGCGGCUAUGUUAACCACAAACAAACACUUACGAUAAGAGAAUCUAAGAACAAAGCAAGCCUGCAUGUUUAUGAAAAUGAUGGUAAAUCUUCUGUCCUUAAAUUAGCUCCAGUCUUGAGUCUACAGUAAAGAAGGGCUUCUUAUUAGCAACAAUUUAAAGGCAGUGCUUUGAAGGAACAUACAAUAAACAAAUGGACCUGCUUGUUUCUUUGCACAGAUGAAGACAGACUGAUGUUUCCAAAAAAUAUAUAUGCUAUGUAUAAUUAUGUAUCUUAUAACCCUCAGACUUGACAAUCUACUGUUGAAGACCUUUGGAGAUGCUGUUAAGGUGCCUCAUUUCUGCUGCUUGAUGUUCCUUUUCUUCCAAAUGUGGUUCCAACUACAAACCCUUUAUGUAGGGUGUCUCUGGUCGGGUAGUGACAUAUUCCCCUUAAUUCUGUGUAAUAACAAGGCCCAAAUGACGCUGUGCAAUUUAGUAUGUGUUGGUGGGACGGUGGAUCACUGUGCAGUCAUGUCCGUGUCUGUCCACAUUACUUUCAGCUCAGACUUCUUUUGCAUUGCCUGCUCUAAUCUAGGACCAAAGUCGGGCUCAACUCAGCAUGGAAAUACUUACUCAUUAGAAAUUGUUUCCAGUUCUUUAGCUUAGAUGUUUUUAAAAGGAGAACUUGGCUUUCACAAACUGGCCCACAAUGUGACUUGGUUAUCUAAAUAAGGAUAAUCCAUUUCCAUGCAGUUCCUCCUUGAUUUUGCAGCCAUUUUAAGAUGAGCUCCUGGCUUAAGGCUGCACCAGUCAACAUGUUUUACAUCAUUGGAUCAAAUAGAUAUGAGUCACUUACAGUGAUGAACUUACAGACAUACCUUUAGCUCUUUGUUUUGCUUUUCCAACAUGCAAACUACACUCCCAUCGACCUUGUUUCUAGAAGCAGCAGGCAGCUAAAAGACUUUGCUAAGCCACGCUGUACACUACCGGCCCAGUACUGAACAGCCGACAGACAAAGUUGUUGCAACUAGCAGGUGAACAUAACGGAGCAGUUAGCAGCUAAACAGACAGAUGUCUUUCUCAAGAGUUGGUGGAGACCAAAACAGAGGUAAAAAGAAAGUGAAUAUUGGAUUUACAUUUAUCUGAGACCUGACUCAAAAUAAUGUUGCUCUGUGCCUGCCGCAUACGUAAAGAGACAAAGAUUUGCUAACGCGUUAGCCGUGACAGCUUUUUAUAGUAUGGCAAAGUUGUGUUUUCAGCUUGUCCUGCCCAAGUGGCCUAAAAACCAGUUAAUGCAGCUUCAAGAUCCAGGAUGUGAACAUUUGGACUGGGAUUUCCAGCCAAUCAGACGACUACAUCUGCACAAGCAGUUGAAGUAUGGGCUAGGCUAUGGUAUGAACAGAUUUGAGCAUGUGAAGUCAAUGGAAAUGAAGCCUGAAAUGUUUUGUGUUAAAAAAAACAGUGCCUAUUUUUUUCUGAUGUAGUGAUGAUGACUGUCCUCUGUAUUAACCGUUGACUUCCGAUGUCUCCGAUCACAGAAUCUAAAUAUGUACAACAGUCGGUCUCAUUCAGAUGAGUAGUCUUCUAGCUGGAUAUGACUUGGUACACCUAAGAUGGCUGGUGAUGGGAUGUUUAUCCCAUGUUUCAUGUUACUGGGACUCAACAGAGCUGAUAUUAGGCCAACCAAGGAGCUGUCAGUCAGUCUGCUAAACACUUGGACAUUUGGCAUGAAAUGGCCAACGAUACGUUUAACAUCUAUACAAGGCAUACCGCUUCUGUCUGAAAAGAUUGGUAUUUGUCUGCACAACCUGUAUCAGCUGAACCCUUUACACAGAACAAACAUUUUUUUUUAAACUAAAAAUCCCACUACUUGACAGCCAUUGUCUUGUCACUAAUUUCAGAACAGUAUGAAAUGAAUCCAAUGGCAACCUGGAAGAAAGGAAAACCCUCUAGUGUACUAUCCACCACACGUUCAUUUCCAUGCCAGCCAUCCGAGGUGCACCACAGGAAGUUGUUCUGAUCCACCAGAAAGUGUCCUUUCUAUUGUGAUUCUAACACCAUGGGGAUCUACUGUACAUGACUCAUCAAUAUAGAUAUAUCCUGUAUAGAUACUGUAUGUAUGUAUGUUUGUAUAGGAGUUAUUAUUGUAUGCUGUUGGUCUGACCAAAACCUGGGUGUAACACCGCAUGAUAUCGAUGUUAUAAAAUGAAGACACGCAGACUGGUGAUGAUGAUGGUGGUUAUUCUUGUCAAUAAAUCACAUUUACAGCACA